GGAGCGGCCGCCCGGCGCCGCGCUGAGAGCGCAGGGGCUCAGGCCGGCUACUCCCACCUGCCGCCAGCGGCUGGCGGCGGCGGGAGGGAGGGGAGGGAUAAACUUUAAACUUGGCCGGAGCGGGCGGGGAGCCGCAUGGAUGCCGCCGUCCCUCGGCGCUGACUCGCCGCCCGCGGCACGCUGUGGGGCGGCCGCUGCUACCGGAGCGCCGGGCGCCGCCGCGCCGCUUCCUCCGCCGCCGGCCUCGGUGCGUGCGAGGCGCGGGGCUCGGCCCGGCCCCUGAGAGCCGCCCCGGCCUGCCGCCCCCUGCCGCUGCCCACCUCGGGCGUCGGGCAUCGGCUUCUCCCCGCGCUGCAGCCCGCCCGACAUGGAGCCGCCCGCGGGAAGCCGCCAGGAGUGAUCCCCGCUCCGCGACCGACCUGGCCGUCCCCUCGGCGCCUGCGCUUGCUCCCAUGGAGCGGGACGAGACGCCGCUCGCCCCCCCGAAGACCAUGCUGCUUAUGCUGAGGAAAGUUCGCAGGAGGAGGGAGAUGCUGCUGCAGCAGCUGGGCUUCAUCUGCGCCAUCCUCUUCUUCGUCUGGUGCAUGUCCAGCCUGCUCUCCAGACUGGGUCGAGAAUCAACUAUUGCGGACAGACGUGUUUUGCCUGAGAUAUGGAGGAAUAGAAGGUUAAUGGCAUCACCUAAUGGGACACAUGAACAAAAGAACUGUACAGAGCCAGCCAUUAAUGAAUUUCCUGAAGAUAUAUUUACAAAUAAAGAACGUCAGCAAGGAGGAGUUCUGCUGCAUAUCAUUGCUGCUCUUUAUAUGUUCUAUGCUUUGGCUAUAGUGUGUGAUGACUUCUUUGUUCCAUCCUUAGAGAAAAUUUGUGAGAAACUACAUUUGAGUGAAGAUGUUGCUGGAGCCACAUUCAUGGCAGCAGGGAGCUCCACUCCAGAACUGUUUGCAUCUGUUAUAGGUGUAUUUAUCACUCAUGGAGAUGUAGGAGUAGGGACCAUUGUUGGUUCAGCAGUUUUCAACAUCCUCUGCAUUGUUGGUGUCUGUGGACUGUUUGCAGGACAGGUGGUUUGUCUCACCCAGUGGGCUGUGUUCCGGGACUCUGUAUACUACACGAUAUCUGUGAUCAUACUUAUUGUUUUCAUAUAUGAUGAGAAAAUAGAAUGGUGGGAAAGCCUUGUACUCAUCAUUAUGUAUUCAUUCUACAUACUUAUCAUGAAGUACAACGUAAGGAUGCAAAAUUUCUUCAGCCUUAAAAGCAAGAAUGUUGGAAGUGGUGACACAGUUAACAAUGAGCUGGAAGAUGGUAAUAAAUGUUAUGCCUCUAGUUGUGAUGACCCAUCCAUUCCAUUACUAUGGAAAGUGAAGGGGAUGCAGCAGUAUGGCAAAAACAGUGUUGUGAUGGUGGAUGAGAUCAUCUGCUCCAGUCCCCCCAAAUACCGGUUCCCCGAAGCUGGGUUACGGAUUAUGAUUACAAAUAAAUUUGGACCACGCACCAGAAUGCGGAUGGCAAGCCGACUCAUCAUUAAUGAGCGUCAGCGGUUAAUCCAGUCUGCCAAUGGCUCAAGCAAACCACUUCAGAAUAGGAGACACGAGAAUAUGGAAAAUGGGAACAUCCCUGCGGUGAACCAAGAGGAGGAAAAUGAACAGGACAGUCUGACUCCCUUUUCGUUGCCAGAUGGAAAAAUGAACAAAGUUAAAUGGAUUUUGACAUGGCCGUUGAUAUUUGUGCUCUUUUGCACCAUUCCAAACUGCAGUAAACCACGGUGGGAGAAGUGUUUUAUGAUGACAUUUGUAUUAUCCACUCUCUGGAUUGCCUUGUUCUCCUACUUUAUGGUGUGGAUGGUGACUGUGAUUGGAUACACCCUUGGGAUACCAGAUGUGAUCAUGGGCAUUACUUUCCUAGCUGCAGGAACAAGCGUCCCGGACUGCAUGGCCAGUUUAAUAGUAGCAAGACAAGGCCUUGGUGACAUGGCAGUAUCCAACACAAUAGGGAGCAAUGUCUUUGACAUUCUGGUGGGCCUUGGCGUUCCAUGGGGUUUGCAGACCAUGGCGAUUGAUUAUGGAUCAGUUGUUAAGAUAAACAGCAAAGGACUGGUCUACUCAGUUGCACUUUUGCUAGGAUCAGUGGCACUUACUGUGUUUGGGAUCCAUGUAAAUAAGUGGAAACUUGACAGGAAAUUAGGCAUCUACGUGUUGUUUCUUUAUGGUAUUUUCCUGUGUUUCUCUAUAUUGAUAGAGUUUAAUGUCUUCACCUUUGUCAACUUCCCUAUGUGCCGAGAAGAGCUUUACCCUAUCAGAGAUACAAGCGAAGAGGCAAAAGAGACACAUCUCUGCCAGGCCACUGCUCUGCGAAACUGUCUCCCACUUCCAGGGAUCAGCAUCCUUGAUAAACUCAUCAAGACCUGUCCCAUCUGGCUUCAGCUGAACAUGAACCAGGAAAGGGCUGGAGCAAUACUUGACAAAGAAACAGCAGGGAUAUUCUUGGUUAGGAAAGACAGUAAUGUGAACAACAUGGUCCUUGCAGUCCGCCUGCCAGUGCAGAACGAGGCUCCCGGUGUGCUGGAGUACAAUAUUAAAGAAGAAAAAUCAAUCCUGUAUCUGGAAGGAUCUGUCCUUGUAUUUGAGGAUGUCUUCAAACUGGUUGCCUUCUACUGUGUCAGUAGGGAUUUGCUGCCCUUCACCCUGAAGCUACCACAAGCAGUAUUAGAAGCCAGUAGCUUUCAAGAUCUUGAAAUUAUCUCUAGUCUGGGGAUAGAUUUCUGGGAUUCCUCCUUAAACCACAGAAGAAGAGGAGAGGCAUUAUCCCACCCUGCUUUCAGCACUGCCCAGGCAGACAGCCUAAGAUCUACCCAGUGUUUUGCAAGCAGCACAAACCACUGCUCAUGUGAAAUUGAGCUGUCAAUAGGAAAUGACAGGCUGUGGUUCGUGAAUCCUAUUUUUAUAGAAGAGUGCAGUAAUUCUUUUCCCCCGGAUGUACCUCCUCCUAAAAGCCAUCCUGUGAGUGCCAAUCUUCCCCCUGCCACCACGCUCACUGAAAGGAGGUCUCCCCGCCGCCCCCCUCCACCUCCACCUUCUCAAGCUCUCAUUCAGAAAUCUCUGAAGUUCCUGCAGGACCCCAUGACUGCCUGUGAAGAAAACGAGCUGCUUCUUCAGCCACUAGGAAAGAGCAUUAAGGAAAUGAAAAUUGUGGGCAGUGACAAUAAAGAAGAAGAAGGGAAGCAGAGCUGCUCAGUCAGUGAGCCCUCGGCAGUGAGUCCCAAGAAGGGCUCCCAGCCCUCUGUCCCCCCACGGAGGCGGCUGUGUGAGAGGACCUCAGAGGAGGGCUGUGUGGGUAAGCCUGGAAGUUGUGAAACGCUGCGAGUGGAACAGACGGAAGAAAAACAAGACACAAGUACAGAGAGCAAAGAUAAAAGGUCGCUGUGCAAAAAGGCUGUAGAAAUGCCUGGGGAGGUUCCCGAAAGGACUGUAUCACAAUUUCAGGAAACAAAGCCCGAACCUGCAAAGAAGAAGGAGGACAUGCCUGGGAUACAAAGCAGUGCUAUUCAGCAAGGAAAGUCACCUCCUAUCCCACCACCAAGAAGAAAGAGGCUUUCCCAGGUACCAAAGAUCCCAAGCUCCUGCCAGUCAAAGCAAAGAACAGUGGCAGAGACUGCCACGGCGCAGGCUUUGUGCAAGAGAAGCCCAGCUACAGUGGCAGGUGGUGCCACUUGCACAAACACCAAGACUGAAUCAGGACAUGGCCGCAAAUCUGUCAGCUCAGCUGAACUGAAAGGUUCACACUCGUCCCUGGAAGGCCCGGGAGGCAGCACUGUAGCUCAGGCAUCAGCGUCUGAGCCAGACUCCUACUCCACCAGCAGCACAGAGGAUGACCUGGAGAUGCUGAGUAGCUCAUCUGGUAAAAAGACACGGUCUGUGAUCUUGGACAAGGCCAAGAACAGGCUGUCCUUUGCCAGCUUGUCCAAUGUCUUCACAGUCUUUUUGUCUAGUGACAGGAAGCUGCAGAAGAAGAUAGUAGAGUUGGCACAGGACAAGGAUUCAUACUUUGGCAACCUGGUGCGGGACUACCGAGUGUACAGUUUAGAGAUGAUGGCAAAGCAGAGCUCCAGCACAGAGAUGCUGCAAGAAAUCCGGAUGAUGAUGACGCAGCUGAAGAGUUACUUAGUGCAGAGCACCGAGCUGAAAUCUCUGAUAGACCCAACCUCCUAUACCGAGGAACAGUUAGAAGUGAUUGCUGAGACGGCUUUGUACAAAUGUGUCCUGAAACCUCUAAAAGAAGCCAUUGAUUCUUACUUAAAAGAAAUCCACAACAAAGACGGAUCUUUACAGCAGCUAAAAGAGAACCAACUUGUGAUACAAAACACAACUACCACUGACCUAGGUGUCACGACCAGUGUGCCUGAAACUGUUGUGCUGGAAAAGAUCCUUCACAAGUUCACAACCAUGCACAAGGCCUACUCCCCAGAAAAGAAGAUUGCCAUCUUGCUGAAGUCCUGCAAACUCAUCUAUGACUCUAUGGCUCAGGGAAACCCAGGGAAGCCGUACGGUGCAGAUGACUUCCUGCCUGUGCUCAUGUAUGUGUUGGCCCGCAGCAAUUUGGCUGACGUCCUUCUGAAUGUGGAGUAUAUGAUGGAGCUCAUGGACCCUGCUCUGCAGCUAGGGGAAGGCUCCUAUUAUUUAACCACCACCUAUGGGGCACUGGAGCACAUCAAGAACUACGACAAAAUCACUGUCACACGGCAGCUGAGCAUGGAGGUGCAGGACUCCAUUCACCGCUGGGAGCGACGGAGGACACUGAACAAGGCCCGGGCUUCCCGCUCAUCAGUGCAGGACUUCAUCUCUGUUUCCUUUCUGGAAAUCGGUGCUCAGUCAAGGACACUUGCUUCCCGGAACGACACCACAGCUGAGCAGCUGAGCCAGCAGUGUGCCGAAAAGUUUGAAGUCUCCCAUCCCAAGGAUUAUGGACUCUUUGUUUAUGUUGAUGACCAGUGGCUGCAGCUGGACAAAGACGCCCUUCCUCACCAUAUCAAAGCCUCCCUGCUGAAGAGUGAAAUCAAGAAAGAUUUCCAUUUUAUUUAUAAACCAAUAGAUCAUAAAGCCCCACCAGUUCCAAUUGUCAAAGAGUCAGACUUUCCCUAAGGGCCAUGCUGCUCUUCUGUUGUGUUUGCUGUCAUCCUGGAAGGGCUGGAGAGUUUAUCUCAUGACAUCCUCUGGUAUCUGCAGACCUCAGAAAAUCUCUGGAGCAUGGCCUUCGACACAGGGCAGAUGUGCUAAUUGUAGAUGCUGUCUUAAUACAGGGCAUUUCUCAGCAGAGUUCAUUUGCAGAAAUAAAAGGAGCAUUCAGGAGAACAUUCAUCCUUUGGAAAACUUGAAGUAUGAAACCUCAGAACCUCCCACUGGCAAUGUCACAGAAUGUAAAUGGACAGUGGAGAAAAUCCAGAGAUCUUGCCGAGAAGGGGACUUUUACUCCAUAAUAAAUUAUGGCAGGUGUGAAUCAUCUCUGUGCACAAGGCCUGUGUCUGCACACACCUCAAUGCUAUCUGGAGGUAAGACUACAUUUAUGCCUUAUAGUAUCUGUUCACCCAGUUUGAAUAAAUUGAGUCUUAGACGUCUAAUGUAUUCAGUGGCAUAGGGUUGCCUCCGGUAGCAGAACUCCAUCUCUGUCUUGCUGUCUACAACAUGCCAUUGCCUUUGAAAUUCACACAAUUACAGACCAUGUAAGAUGAUCCUGUACCUUCACUAAAAAUACAUUUUCUGCCGUCUAUUUGUCACUGAAAUCAGGUAGCUUAGGCAUUUUCAUCAAUGUAUUUUUCUUAAAGAUUGAAAGUCUUCACCGCCAGUUUUACAUGUACAGCAGUUUUAAUCACAGUGGUUGUAUGAUAGUGUCAUUGGUUAUUGUAUAUUUAUUUCCAUGUGUGAUACAGUGCUAUUAUUUUAAAAUAAGUGUUUGUAAAGAACUUAAUAAUUUUCCCAGUGUAGCAAACCAGAUAAAAUAUGAAAGUAAAAAAGAGCUAGAAUUAAAUAUC